GGCCUGUGUCGAGCCGAGAAUAUUUUAAAGCGUCAAACGACAAAGAAAAAUUUUGAGGGGAAACUUUUAUUGAAUUUAUUCCGAAGUUAUAUGUAAUAAAGAAGAAACAAUGUCUCCUCCAGUCGGAAAUAAUUCUGCUAAUUGCCAACAAAAGCCAUUAGCCAAAUAUAUUGGUGAUUUAGAUUCGGCGGCAACGAAUAUUCCGAGGUUAUAUCAACGCAAGAAUAUCGACGUUCAUAAUUCGCAGUUUCGUCUGUUCAACAACGCAGACGAAAUUGAAAUUCUCUUUCCAAACAAAGAAGAUCCUGUUGAAAGUUUACCCACAGAAGAUAAAAGAAACGUGGGAGAUGGUGAAAAUGGUGAGUUUCUAAUAACGCCUUCUAGAUUACAGUAAUAAUAAUAAUACAAAUUUGGGGGAUUUUGAGAAUUUUUAAAUGUACAAGUUUGUCAUUUGCUUUGUUAUUGUACGCCUAAAAUAAAUCUCAAAACAGACUAUCAUUGUGUACUGUAUUGAACUUUGUCUGAAAGCACUUGUUUAACCUGUAUAUUUACAGACUAAAUAUUGUUCGUGUGUUGAUAUUUUGAUUCGAUUUUACUGUAUUAAAUAUGUCAAGUUUUUGUGACGUACCGGCUGUCUAUCGAACAUUUGAGAUAACAUUUCUGGUUUAUUUUACGAUAUAUUGAAACCAAAGUCAUGCAUAUUUCUUCAUCCAAACCUGUAGAUUCAUACUUUGUAGUUUUUUGCAGUGAUUUGGGACGAUUUCCAAUGAUAAUUUUAUUUGUUUCGGUCAAUGUAAAAAAAAAUGGCGUUAAAUUUCGAAUAUUUAAAGCCCAGGGCUUAAUAUAUUCGUUCGUAAGCAUUUUUUAAUGAUGGACUUAUGCACGUGUGGGCUUAUAUACGGACGACAUUUGGUGUAAAUAAUAUUUAUUGUAACAGUAAUAGUAAUAGUAAAGGAAAUAUGAACAUACAGUAUAUAAACACAUAAUAAACAAGUUGUUGGAACUCCCCUUGGGCUUGUUAAUAAAUACCUGUCCAUAAUUACAAAGCUAAUUGCCAAGGUUGUCAGAUCAUGUGUGAGGUCCCGCAUUUCUAGGGGGGUCCGGAGGCAUACCCCUUGGAAAACGUUUAAAAUUUGGGUUAUAUCGUUAUGUUACGGAACGAAUGCGUGCACAUAUUGGUGUCGGUAACAUAACAAUAUAUUAAACCAAAAUUUGGGUCUCUGCAUAAAAUGGCAUUUCCAGCGUUUUGAAAUAGUUUUGCAUUUUCAUAAGGAGGUCUAAGGAGGCCCAAGGAAGGCUAUUAAGGAAUGCUAAGGAGGCCUAAGGUGGGAAGGCGGGAGGUGGUAAGAUGGCAUAUACAAAUUAGGACUGUUCGAUAUACCGAAAAUAUCGGUAUUAAAUCAAUAUCGGUGUAUCGAUACCGGAUAUUCAGAUAUACCGAAAUUACCGAUAUACCGAAAUUUCCGAUAUACCGAAAUUUCCGAUAUACUGGAAUUUUUUGGUAUACCGUGUUACAUUUACCAACUAUAUGGCAAAACCAUAACCUUUAUUUUACUACUGAAUGGCAAUUCAAAGAACUUUCUACUGAAAUGAUUUAGAUUUUGAAACAGCUUCAAAAUUAUUGUUUUACCUUUUAGAAUUACUCAAAAUUUCCUUAAAAUUUCCAUUAAAGAAUUUUCCUUUAUAAUUAUCAAAGGAAAACCGGUAUACCGAUAAUAUCAGUAUAAUUUUUUCGGUGUACCGAUACCGGAAAUUUCUCAUACCGAACAUUCCUAAUACAAAUACAAUAAAAUUUUGUAUUAUGGAUCAUUUACAUUUAUUUAAAAACGUUUUAUUCUUUAUAGUUUGUUGUGUACUAUAGCGGAACUGAUCAUGUUUGUUGUAUGUAUCAUAAUUGCUGCAUAUAAUAGCCGAAUCUGUAUUAAAAUAUGUCAAUUAUAAGAGCUGUAAUCAGAUAGCGUUUAUGCACUGAUAAUAUGCUGAUUUGAUAACACUCACACUGUCGAGAUUAGCUUUUCACAGUGAACAUAGAAAUAUUAAAUGCCGAAAGUUAAAUAAUUUCACAAUUCACAUAUUUUUAAAUUUUUCAAUGAUCUCAAGAUUUGACCUUUUCAGUAAACUCUUAUGCAUUAACCCCCCUAGAAUCUCUCUAACCCCUCUAAUAAAGUGUUCAUCCCCACCAAAAUUUCACUUCCAAAUGCCUAACCCUGCCGAAGCUUACUGAGUGGUGCCACUUGCACCCCACCAGAAAUUUUUCUACCCCUCUUUUUAAAUAAGUGAAAAUCCACCCUCAAUAAGCCCAUGGGUUAACACUCAUGGUGGCCUUACAUUUGGGUGGGUUUUUUCACAGGGAGCCCAAGCGUUGAUCUGUGUUAGUGUUGUAUGUUUUUCAGUUUAUUUAUUUUAGUGUCUUAGUUUAUAUUGCCUUUUAAUUGAAUUAUAAUACUAAAUUACACUAAUAUGUCUUAUAAUAAUAAUACUCCUAUAGUCAAACAUAUAAUAACAACAUAUAAGUUGAUUUGUAUGUUUUUCAGUUUAUUUAUUUAAGAUCUAUUAUUAGCUUAUAUAAAAGCACCGCCUUUCGAACCUGACAGCCCGUUCGCAGGAUACACACGUUAUUUCGCACUAAAAUAAGAAAUGUGACAAGGGAUGAAAUUACAAUACGGCGAUGUUUUAUUUUGAAGCCGUAUGUGCUUGUUAAAACGAAUUUUAGCUUGAAAUUCGGCCAUAUGAAUGAUAUGUCUAAGGCUAAAGUACAUAGCCAUUGAAAAAUUUUGUGAAAUAAAAGCCCUCUAGUCUUAUAAAUUGCUAUAGUUUUUAAUAGCGACGUUUCGUAGCAUUAACGCCCGACUUGACUGUACCUAAAUUAUUUAAUUUUAAAUUUUAAACAUUGAAAUCGUUACGAUUGACACAAAUUGGCUUCUCACCUUGAGUUGUAUUCGAGUUUGCUUCCUUGUUUAUAUCAUUGAUUCCUAAAUGUUGACGGCAUUAUUCGACACAACACUCAUUGCAUAAUUAUUGGUCCACUCAAGUCGGGGCAUUCAUUAUACGACAAACUUUAAGAGUUUCAUCCCUUGUCACGUAUUUAUAUUGUUGCCGCCCCCUAUUUCAAAUCGCGCAUGUAGCCUGCGAACGGGCUGUCAGGUUCGAAAGGCGGUGCUUUUAUAUAAGCUAAUAAUAGAUCUUAAAUAAAUAAACUGAAAAACAUACAAAUACAAAUCAACUUAUAUGUUGUUAUUAUAUGUUCGACUAUAGGAAUAUUAUUAUUAUAUGACAUAUUAGUGUAAUUUAGUGUUAUAAUUAAAUUAAAAGGCAAUAUAAAGACACUAACUGAUAAAUAAAGUGAAAAACAUACAACACUAACACAGAUCAAUGUUUGGGCUCCCUGUGGUUUUUUGUUGAGAAACUUGCAUUUAUAAGCAGUGAUUAAUUUGCAAGUAAGCAAUCCUAAGGGGAACAAAUUGGUUGGUACGUAGCAAGGGUAAAACAGGACAUUCUACUCAUACAUUCGCAUAAUUGUAUUGAUUAUUAUUAUAUGGCAAUUAUAAGCAUCACUUAUGGUGAAAUGGCGGACUGUGAUUGGCUGAGAAGCACUUUCAGCACUCCAUUAUUAUAAAUAACGAACUUUUUUUAAUAAUUAUUAAUAAUAAACUUUUUAUUAACCUCUCUUGCUCGUAUGUACAGAGAAAUAUCGGACCUUGGUCUUUUUGUACAAACCUUGCCCUACGGGCUAAUGGCAGCUUUGGCUGUAUUUGGGAAUUAUGAGGUGAAGCUAGAAAUAUGGCCAGCCAACAUAUUAUACUAUAUUUUAUGUUUUUGAGUUGUCUAAGCAAUGCAAAAUUUCCAUUGGUGGAGAGCCACUUUGAUUCCCAGGGAUAGUGCAAUAUUAAUUAAUGGCAACGGCAAUAAAACACCUGUUCUUUAAUCACUCACUAUUUUUACCUCGCAUUGUGAUUGAUUUGCUCAAAUAUUUUUACCUCACAUUGUUAUUGGUUUGCUCAUAUCACAAAAUAGCAUAGUAUGUUGGCUAGCCAUAUAUUAAUUUCUAGUUUCACCCCAUAAGCUCUGCCGCCAAAUAAGGUCAAAGCUCCGGUGGCUACUUUUUUACUGGACUGUCAAUUUUUAUUGGACUGGCAGUUUUUCGGUGAUUUCAGUAGUUUUAGCUGUUUUGUUUUGGUUGUUUUGCUUAAUUGUUUUGUUUUAGGCUUUCCCGUAAAGGAGAACUCAAGUCCCAAACAUGUGGGCAACCCCAGUGGUGAAAAAACUACUUGUAACAAUGGCUGUGCCAAAGAAUGUGUUUCACCUGGUCCAGCCAAUGCAGGAUUGGCCAUUUCAACCUCACCUGAUCAUCCUAGAGGUGGUGGGGGAGGUGGCGGGGGUGGUGAUGAUAGUGACGAAGACAACAAAGCUCAAAAAAAGUAUGACGAUCAUGGUAAGAAAGUUUUGAAACAGAAAAAAAGAAAACAAAAGAAAAGAUCAUCUGAUACAGAUGUUGAGGUAUAUGGUUUUUUGAAAUACUUUGCAGGAGAUAUUAAAACCCCCUGUCUUCAACAACAUGUUAGCGAUCCAAAGGCUAAUAAUCUAAGGAAAGGGAUAUAAUCAAGAGGCUAAGUCAGGGCCACCAGAUGUCCUGAGAUAUUGUUAGAAAUGAUGAAAAUUGAAGAUGUGAUGGGACAUUAUGAUCUUAAAAUUAUUUAACCCAUUGAGUGGCAGCACUCUCCCCCUGAUUAGUAAAAUUGUCUGGUGUUAGACAGAGUAAAAUAAUAAAGUAUGGCACAUCUGGGUGCAUUGUACCUAAAAGGUUAACAGGGUGCGUAGGCAAAUAGUCUGAUUAACCCACUGAGUGGCAGCACUCUCCUCAUCCUCCCCCUGACUAGUAAAAUUGUCUGGCAUUAGACAGAGUAAAAUAAUAAAGUAGCUACGGCGCAUCUUGGUGCAUUGUCACUUAAAAGGGUUGACAUGGUGCGUAGGCAGAUAGUCUUGAUUAAUUUGGCCUAUUGAGUGGCAGCAUUCUCCCCCUGACAAGUAAAAUUGUCUGGAGUUAGACAGAGUAAAAUAAUAAAGUAGAGUGCAUCUGGGUGCAUUGUCACUUAAAGGGUUAACAGGGUGCAUAGGCAGAUAUAGUCUUGAUUAAUUUAGCCCAUUGAGUGGCAGCAUUCUCCCCCUGACUAGUAAAAUUGUCAGGCGUUAUAAGCUUGUUUUCCACUAGCGAAUUUUUUCGCACAAAGCGACCUUUUUCGUUUUUCCGUACCACUUAUUACGUCAGCAAGACUUGGCAACACGGAUGCUGACAAAGAAAAAAGGUCGCUUCGUAACUGAAUCAGCAGUAGACCAAUUGAGAGUUAAUAUCUACAUUCACCAUAGAUAUAGCCACCAAAUCUUUGAGUACCCUUAUUACCCUACUUACCAAAUUGGAAGAUAAGGUGCAAACUGUUGAUCGAGGUGGAUUAAGGAAAGAUCCAUGCAAGUGGUGUCUUGAACUGGCAACCACAUUCAGGCAGCUUGCACCCAUCACACCAUUACAAAUGGUGGUGAAAAAAAAAUCGAAUGAUAUGAGCCAAUACCUAAUUCUGCGUCCCUCUUUGACAAAAGGUGGGAUGGGAGGAUUUUAAACCUUUCGCUUUAUUUUGGAUAUGUCCGUCUGUACACUUUGUGUACCAAACAGCUAUUGAUUAUAUGUUGUGCGAGAAGCACAUGCAAUGCAAGGCACACCUUGACAGUGACACCCAAUUUCCAGAUCACACAUGGUUCACUAGCUAUUAACUUUGGUUAAUACAUAACCUCAUAUACAUAUAGAAUUGUUUGGCAUAUUAGACAGAGUAUAAUCGUUAAGCCAUAUUAUAUACCAAGGCAUGUACAAACCGAUCUAUUAUCGAGUUCAUUCACUGUCAUUAAUGCUUGUUUCUAAUGAUGGCAAUGCAGGUGCCUAUGGCUGAGAGUCCACAGGAUCAACCAGAACAAAACCCCCAAAAUGCUGAAAACGUUAUGCAUGUGCGUGAAAAGCAAAAGUGGCACACAAGAAUCAAUCGUUAUAAUUUUUGCAAGUGUGAAAACAAAUGCUGUGAAAAUUGUAUACAGGUAUAACAAUUUAUUGAUUAUUUGUAUGUCAACUAUAUUUGAUUGCUGAAUUUUAUUUAAUAGAAAACAUUGCCUCCUCCACUUGACAGCUUGAACCCUCUAAUAAUUGGGACCGGCCUUAAUUUGUUUGUAGGUUGACCAAGAAAUGAGAGGUUACUUUGAAGAAAGUAAUUUGGAUUGGACUCCUGUGAUAGAAUACCAUCGAAAAGUUUGUCAGUUUCAGUACAGAUGUGAAUUAUGUUCCAGGUAAUUUAAAUGAACUUCUUUAUGUGCAUAUUACGUACCAGUGUUUGUACAGAAGCUUAAAAACCAUGCAGGGGCAGUGGGGGCAGCUGCCCCCGUUGCCCAAACAGUGCGGGGUAGCACGUUGCCUUUUUACCAAAACUGCACUUCGAACGUCGUGCGUUUUUCACAUGAAUUGAAAUUGAAAACUGUUUUUAAACAAUUUAGCUCAUACUUGAAUCUGAAUUCCUCUCAGAAACGUUACCAAUCAGUUUCCACCUAAUAUGAAAAGUAAAAAAGUAAACCUUCCUAAAUGAAUUGCGGUCGUUUCGCCAACGAGUCGUUUCGCCAACUGUCAGUUCGCCAACGUCUCAGGCCGAUUCGCCAACGUUCGUCCACGUUCUUAUGUCAGUUCGCAAACGUUACAUAUAUAUGAGACAUGCAUGGAUAUAUAAAUCUAUAAAUGUUUGUAGAAAAUAACCGAAAUAGCAAAUUCUCCAGACAUUUAUGUUUAGACGGUCUAAAACAGGUUUAAUCAGCGGACGCUAAACAAGGGCUAUAACUCACGAAAUGCGAAAGUUUUUAUGCAUAUGAUAUACCAUUCAAGUAAACACAACUGAAAAGUUUUCAAACUGAGAGUCAAACAAUACGAAUUACGAAGAUUAGCCAUACUCUUCAUUAACAAAAUUUCACAACAGACUGAGAGCUAGUGACGCUUUUGAUCACCAACGUUCCAACAUAUUUUCUGCAAACAUUGUUUGCGUUUCAUGGUUUCACAUUAGAAAGACGUGAACUAUUAAAUAACCAUGGAUUGUAAAAUAAUUGUAAACCAUGGAUUGUUUAUUUUACAAUCCAUGAUUAAACGUUGCGUUGGCGAACUGACAUAAGAACGUGGAGGACCGUUGGCGAAUCGACCCGAGACGUUGGCGAACUGACAGUUGGCGAAACGACUCGUUGGCGAAACGACCGGUUACCUAAUAACUGACAACUGUCAUGUUGCUUUACAAUACAUUUUAGUCUUUAGUGUCAUGCAACGAAUAAAAAUGUUCCAAUCUAUGCCGAAAUUUGUCUAACUGUAUUAGGUACAAGUAAUUAAGUAUCCGUUAUACAGCAAAAUGUUAACGAGCAUUGCCCCCCCUCCCCCCACCCCGCACAAAAAUUAAGGAUCAAGAGUAAGUGCCCUUUUCAUAUGGCUGCCCCCGCCGCUUCAUGUCACUUCCGGCGCCCCUGAAACCAUUAAAACCCUUAAUUAAUUUUGAUAAAUAGGGGUUUUCAUCAUAUUUAAGGUUACAGGACACCCUUUUUAGCGUUUUGCGGAAAAUCGUUGCUGCGCGCUCAAUAUCAGUCCGAUUUGAAUCAAAUUUUCACCAAAUGUUCGCCAGUGUAUGCAAAAUAUGGUAAAGUUGUAAAAUUAACAAACAAUAAAAUAAUAUAAGAAUUGUUCAGGGAAAUCUUAAAUCGCGGUACCGUUACGCUUUUGAGUUGUGCUCCUGUUGGUUUUAAGUUAUAUUUAUGAAAAUAUCAUUUUUAUACAGUAAAAUAGUUGUUCUAAAAAAUUGUGUUCGGAAAUUUUUGUUUAUUUCGUCAUUCCGCUGAUAUGGCGAUUUCUUUGACGACUGCAAUAUAUUUCUGAAUUGUUUGAGUGAAUUGCUCUUUAUUAUUAAAAUAUCCAAAAUUUAAAAAAAGCCGAACACAAUUUUGAAACUGACGUCUUUAGCUAUGCCCUGUGAGAAUUUGAGAAAACUUGGUCAAAACCCGCAGGAGCACAACUCGUUUGAAAAUCAGUAAUUACCGUAAAAUUCUUCGGGAGAAAAUUGAAUUUGAAUAUUACAUUUUCAAUGUUUUUCUUAUUGCAGCGAAAUGUAUUUUAUUAAAUAACUCGAGUUUUCAACAUUUUUCGUUCAAACUUGGUCAGAUAGUAGAACUAGUCUAAUGCUUUCAUGGAAAGAAAUUUUAGGCAAAAUUAACCCUCAAAGGUGUUCUGUAACCUUAAUUGAAUCGUUUAUUAACUGCAUGUUGACUUUAAAAUUUGUCAAAUUUAGAAAUAAAUAAUUUCAAAAUAAUUUAAGUAACUGAAAAAAUUAUUGUAGUAAUUGUGUAAAAUAGGUUAUACAAUCUUCAAUAUUUAACACUGAAAAAUGCAAUUAUGAAUUAUACCUUUACAGGUAAACUACGUGAAGCGUUCCUCUUUUGAGUUUCUAAAUUGAUUGCAAUUUUCCUCAUUACUUUUGCAACUUAAAAAACUCCCUUGCAAAUCCCUUGAGGGAAUUUGCAAUGUUGCUAAAAGCCAAAAACAUUUUCCUCAGUUCCUGUUAGAAGUUCUUAACUUCCUGUUACAAGUUCCUAACUUCCUGUUCUGUUCUGGGCGUUGCAAUUGGCUAACAAAAAUAAUCGACCAAUAGCAACGCUCAGAACAGAACAGGAAGUUAGGAAAUUAAAACAGGAAGUUAGGAAAAUUUAAAAUGAAGUUUGGAAUAUUGCAACAGCCGAUAGGAACAUUGCAAAUUCCCUCAAGGGAUUUGCAAAGAGUUUUUCAAAUUUGCAAAGCUAAUGAGGAAAAUUCCAAAUGAGUUACGAAGUCAAAAGAGGAACGCUUCACGUAGUUUACCUGUAACUGCAUGGUAUUGUGCAUAUUUUAAACUUUGGAGCGGUUCAGAUUUGACUUCUGCUACCACUUCCUCUCACAGCCACAGGCUUAAUUAAUACGCAUUUGAUUGGUCAAUCGGGUAGGUUAAACACAUCGGAUUGGCUAAGGUUACAGAACACCUUUGAGUGUUAAUUUUGCCUAAAAAUUUUUUAUUGGUUUCCAUGAAAGCAUUAGACUAGUUCUACUAUCUGACCAAGUUUAAACGAAAAAUGUUGAAAACUCGCAGAUCUAAACAAAGUCUACACAAAAAUUUCAUCACAGCUUCUGCUUGAAAGAAAGACGACUGAACCUCUAACAGGACGAUUGGUGAUAAAUCUUUAUCUCACCCAUAUUCCAGUUGAAUACGUAUCUGCUGGCAUCCAUCACUAGUUUCAAUAGAUCAUUCAGUACAGUUAGUUUCAUUUAUGUGUUUUUAUGUUUUAAUUAAUAAAGAUAUAAAGAAAGGGAACUGGCAAUUAAAAAUGUUUGUCAGCUGAUGAAGCGAAGAACAGAGUCAGAGGACUUAAUCAUUUGGAAGGUAGGUCAUAUUCUAAUUCAAUUCUUAUCAUGAUCAGUGGCGUAGCCAGCCCCUGACAAUUUAGUCCCGCUAUGCAAAUUCAAAAUUAUUAUGAUUAUUCAUUUUUUUAGAAAUUGAUUGUUUUUACAGUUUGCAGGCCUUAAAAUAUCUUUUCCAGGGCCGUCUGACAAAAUGUCCGGUGACGUUGAGUUUGGGUCGGACAUAUGUCCGAUGACCUUCAGUUCAUUUUUGACUCGGAAAUAAGUCUGAAUGACACAAAUGAAUAAACGGUAAAUGUUGUAAAGAUAAUUUGUUUCUUUCAUACUUAUUUCCAAGCCAAAAUUAACUUGCUUUCCAGAACAGCAGUAUCAAAAAGACUUCGACAACUUAAGUCCGUUUUCCACUUCACCAUUUCGCUCGCCGCCCCGCGCUCGACUACGUUAAAACAACAUGUCAACAUUUCCAUCACCUUUUAUACAAUAGUACUCUGAUUUUCCAUUUAACAUACAAGCCUCUAGUCCUGGGCUAAGGUACAUUUUGAUUUACGUCGGACAAAGCUACAGUUCGGUCGGACACCAAUACACUCGGGUCGGACAAACAAUAAACCUCAGUUUCACUUAGGUCGGACGGAAUGUCCGGUGGUUUCCUUUCUACGUCGGACAAUUUCACGAAUGGGUCGGACAAUGUCAGUCACCGACCGAUAUUUUAAGGCCUGUUUGCAUAGCGGGACUAAAUCGUUGGGCUGGCUACGCUACUGAUCAUGAUUACCAAUGGCCACUUCUGAAUUUGAGUGCACAUGCACGAAACAAUAGCUUGAACUGAGGCUGACUAUGUGACCUAGCUAUCUUGAAAGCUGAGUCAUUGUCAACUUCAACCUUGGGGUCAUUCGAAAAAGCCACAGGAAUAUGUUUUAUAAUUGGCUGAUUAUAACAAUGAAACACUAAAAAAUAAAUUUUCUGAAGUAUGAGACUAUGAGUCAAAGACACUGUCACAAAAGAACAUGUUCAUUUUAGGUUAAUUUUUAAUCCUUGUGUGCAUUAUGCAAGUGUGUCUCGUGUAUAUACAUUUAUCUGUUUUAAUGAAAAUAGUUUUGUGAUUUUAGAAUCACGAUAGUUUUGAUGAUCUAAGUCACUUCAAGGAGUUGGAGCAUUUCUACUUUGAAGAUGACAGAUAUUUUGCCAAGGGUGGUUUUGGGGAGGUUCACCAUAUUGAGUUGCCAUGGUCAAUCAAAGAAAAAUACUUUGGAUCAAGUUGUCCACGCCUUGUACUCAAAAAGGUGAGCUCUUAAGGUCCAUACACACUGGACACGAUUCGACCACGCGACGCGAUUUUUUGAUUUUCACUGACCGAUAACUUUGAUCCCAGUUUGAAAGUUAGAAGCGCUAUAACAUUUUGAGUUAUUUGGUCUACCUAUAUCUUUCAAAAUUUGCUCUCAUUGGCUGUUUUAUUAACUUAGUUUCAAAAACUAAAAAAUCGCGUCGCGUUGUCGAAUCGAAUCAGGAAUCAGGGGAUGGAAAAAAUAGGCGAAUACAUGUUAAACAGCUGCAGGAAAUUCGUUUGAAUGAUGAUUUGCUAUUGAAAAUUUGAAGGAAACCUUAACACCUAUGUCCCACUAUGGGCACAACAACAUGGUUGUCAGACAUUAUUCCUUGAAUUUAAAACCAAGGUCAGCUAGAACACUAUAUGUUUAUGCACAUGCAGAUUUAGCACAAAAUACUCCGUUGGUCUGCAGGAAAUUUUUGUCUACAGGGAGUGCUCCCAGCUAGAAGAAAAUUCUUUUUUCCUGCCCUGUCAGGAAUCGUGGUUUUGGUUGGAAAACAAGUUUUCAAGUGAAGUUGAAUGAGAUAAUCCCAAAGAAACGAUCUCUGAAUAUAACCCUAACCCUAUAUAUUCAAUAAAGCUCAGACUAUUCUGUAGAUCGACUAACUAGCUUGUAUUUAAACAAUAUUUUGUAAAGUCGACAAAGUUUUAUAUUUGCGGUUUAAGAUAAAAAUUGCUGCGCUCGAUCUCAUCGUUUUGACUGUGGAAUACAAAUAUGACUUUGCCUGCUUAAGUUAAGAGGCAAUUUUUUCAAUGUCACGUGUUUGCAAUGAAAAGUAUUCAAAACCUUAAAUCUUUUUGGCGUUCCUCUCAAAAUUACUUUGUUUUAGUUUUAUUGUCUAGUUUAUACAGUUAGCUACCUUUUUAAAUGCAUCUGUCGGUUGAGAAACAUAAAAUAAUAGUAAAAAAUUGACAAUUAAAGUACAAAUAUCAAUGAUGCUUUAAAAUUGACGCCAUAUUUACAGCCAUAUAAGCACAACUUACUGAACUUCAGACAUCAUUUUCUGUUUGGCGUAUCAUCUAAAAUCUCUUCAUUUUACCAUUGUUUCACAGAUAAAGCACUAAACAUACUUUUUAAGUUUGUUUGCCGAUUGAGAAACAUAUCGAAAAAUAAAAAUUAUGAAUUUAGUCAUAACCUCAAGUGAUUAUUAUAUACGCAUUAGUUUUGAGCGUGUGUUACGUAACGUACAAAAAAAUCUCCUCUUAAAUAUUUAGAGCAGAGUUACUUUUGACUGUUUUGACCGAUGUAAGAAUUGACAGUCUGUGUUACAAUGGCAAAGUUCAUAUUGUAUAGUGUUUGGACCAGACCUGGGGGAAAAUUCCUUUACAAAAUUAUAUAUUGUGAAGCGUGAAUUGCCAUUUUUAUUUUUCCCUGAAAUAUGAAAUGGCUAUUUUAUUUUUCGUAAAUCAUAUGAAAUCGUUUAUUUAUUUUACGUGUAACGAGAUUUAAAGAGCAAUUUUCCGUGAAACGCGAUUUCAAAAAUUUUGAGAGAUUCUAAUUUCAUUAGAGCUGUUUAUAGAUACAGAAAGGACAUCUCGUGUCUCGUAUGGACACGCCCAUAUCUCGGCUAAUUAACAAUUAGACAACGAGGCCUCGUUGUCUAUGAGCGAAUAGUCAACGAGGCGAAGCCGAGUUGACUAUUUGCUCAUGGAAAACGAGGCCGAGUUGUCUAAUUGUUUUAGUAUAAACUUUAACAUUAAUUUACAACUAGGCUGCAAACACAAUACAAAAAUACACAAAAAAACAUUAUAAAACCAUUAAAGGUAAACAAAUAUUUUAUUUUUUGUUCGCGUAAAGUGUUUUGCAAAAUUCAGUUUUUAUUUUAAAAUUUCAUUGAGUGUAUGUUAUUUUGUCUAUUUUCUUACCCUUAAAAAUUGCCAUUCCAUAUUUGUAUUGCUCUUUUCGGGCUUUUUUAGUACAGAAUUGUUCAACAAGUCGUCCAAAAAAUCAUCAGACAUGCACUUCGGCAAAAGUGCAAAACGCUAUUAGUAGGCUAUCACUAAUAGCCUACUAUAGUAGCGUAGCCAAUCAGAAGGCACGAUAUGUGAUAGCCUACUAGUAGGUUUAUACUAAUAUUCUAUACACAUGUUUAAGGCAUACAUCAAAAUUUAAGUUAGACAUUACUGCGUUCAAUAAAACUUUGUUUGAAUAAGAUGGCUUCUUUAGUUUUUACUAUUUCUAAAUUUAUAAAAAAGCUGUUAGGAAGUUUGCUUUGGAUUUUAGAUUAACCUGGGGUUAAGGUAUUCUGCUUUCGAACAACCGUCCCCUGGAGAUUUGCUAAUAAAUCACGUGACAUCCGACGAAAUCAGACGAGUUGACAGAUCUGUUGAUCUCUUGUUGUGGAUCUGUUAUGUGUGCAUUUUGUACUCAAACAUCGCAUGUGUGUGUGCAUGGAACUGUGCCCCAAAUUUGAUGUGGUAUGGUUAUCAAGUUACUAAACACCAAAUCUUUUUAGGCAAUUGUCACAGCGGAUGAAAUGUAUGUUCUCAGAAAAACUGCAACUCAUCCAAAUUUUGUUAAAACUCUCCUGGUUGUGCAGAAAAAGGAGAAUAAAUUCACACACAGAAUAAUUAUGGAGAAGUGCGGUAAGGGUGUAAUUAUUAACUAUCCAUGGAUGUGAAUAAGCAAACAUCUACAUAACUUAUUUGAAUCCUACUUGAUAGAAUUUCAGACAGGUACGCCAAUAAUCCAGCUACAGAAGUAGCUGGAUUAUUGGCGUACCUGUCUGAAAAUUCAUCAGAACCAUUGUCUAACAAUUUUACUGCUGCAAUCGUAAAAAUAUUUAAUUAAACUCCAACAUAUGGCUUCAAAGCAGGACUGUGGCACUGGCUGCCGUUAUUGCUUUUCUUUGAGCACUUUGAAGAGUUAUAAUAGUCCACAGCUGUGUCAUAGAGUAGAGAUAUACAGAGACGUAACUAGUGUACCCACUUUUUUGUGCGCAUGCUAGUUAUUAGAUGCAUGCAUCUGAUUGGAUGACGACCUGAUGACGACUCACUUUAAACUUGCUGAGCACGCGCAGUUGAUCAUUUUUCGCCCAGUCGCCUGAAAAAAAGGUGGGUACAUGAUAACGUAAUCUUCCGCAGUGUUUACAACGGUCAGUUACGUCUCUGCAUGUCUUAUCUACUCUGUGGCUGUGUUGUAGUUGGUUGAAUAAAAGAUUUUUGCUAUCCAAAAUGGCGGGGUUUUUAUGAUACGUCAUACUGCAAGAGCUGAAUAUGACUUAACUUGUAAUAAAAUCUAAGAACCCAGGUCGUUUUGCCUUUAAGACUUUUCAAAAACAGUAAUUUUUGGCAAGCAAAGAUCUUAUGCAACAAGUCGACUGGGGCUGAAAUAACUCAUGGUCGGAACGACUGGAUGCAGCAUGCGAUACAAUGGACGACUUGCGCUUUAGACUAAAUUUUAAUCUAAGUAAGAACAACGAAAUCUAUCACCACAGCUAAGAAAGAGCGUCUUCUUGGAAUUGGUAAUAUUACAAAGUUUGGUUGCGAAAUGUUGUAAAAUACGGAAAAUAUAGCCCUUCAAAGUUGGCAAAUUUGUAUACUUUUGUAUUACGUGAGUGAAUUGGUAACUAAAUUAGUUACCAAUUUCCGCAUGCACGUAAUAGAAAUGUAUACAAAUUUGCCAACUUCGCAGGGCCAUAUUUUCCGUAUUUUACAACAUUUCGCAACCAAAGUUUGCAGUUUUUCUAAUUUUGAUAACUUCUUUCCGAUAGUAUCCUUUGUUAUUCCCAGAUUAAAAAUUUUUCUAAAGCGCAAGUCGUCCAUUGCAUACACAAACACUACAUCCGACUCCAACGUUCCAUAGUGCAUGCCAUCAGUCCAGUCAUGUUUAAUGCCAGGACAUGUCAUGUCAUGUCAGACAUAUGUAUAUACCGACUAAAUUACGGUUUUGUAUACCUUGGAGUACGCAGAUAGCAAGAGUUCCGUGUACCUACGUGGUACUUGGUUGAAAAAAUGAAGUACCAGACCGUAAUAUUGGCGUACCUCCGGUACGUAAGUGCGCGAAUUGUCGCACCCUGUACCGGAUGAGUGAAACUAAUCAACUGCUGGGUUUUUUUGUAGAUAUGUCCAUGAAGGAUUUUCUGAAACAACUUUGGAAGGAUGGUAAAGCCUUGGAAAAAGGAGAAGCGCUCUUCUAUUGGCACCAAGUUGUAGCUGCUCUAAUAUUUCUCCAUUUUGAUUCUAUACAUGCCAUCCACAAGGAUAUAAAAGCCGCCAAUGUAUUGCUCACGAUCAGCGACAAUAUGAUCCGGGUAAAACUCGCCGAUUUUGGGCUGGUUAAAUGUUUACCUGGUGAAUAUACCAAAAGUGGUUUACCUGCCGCUGGAACACGUUGUUUCAUGGCACCAGAGGUAAUGUAAUGGCGCUUUCUAUUAACACGGCCAAACCGGUCAGAACGGUUAAAUUGUUGAAUGAAACACAAAACAUUUGGGCUUCGGACCUAUCUGACCGGAAAAUUUUGAUAACAUUAGAAUGAGGUCCAUUUUCGCUAGAUAUUUGAGAAACAUAGACCAGAUCUUUCCUUUGAUACAGAGACAAAAAUUCGGUUCUGACCGGUCAGGCCAUUGAAUGGAAAGCGCCCUAAUGUAAUUGUGGCAUUAACAUGAUCACUCGAAGCGGCCACGAUCCAGCCACUCCUGGCAGACACGUCAUCAAAUAGUAGACAUGCAAAUUUGGUUGUUAACAUAUUCCCCUUUUUUUUCUGCCAAUCCCAGUUCGGUGGCGCAAUCGUGUCAGUGCCAGAGCCUUUCAUUUCUGAGAUCGCGUGUUCCCUCUCUCGCUGCGGACAAUCCUACUUCUCCACCAUGCCGUGCGGCCAGAGGAGGGACUGCAUGGACUAUGCUAGACUUGCUCCAAGUCUCUCUUUCAUUGUCAUAUCGAUCCACUAUAGUGUACAUUACAUGACGUAGUACGGAGGGGCGGAGCGAGAAAGAGAGACUUGUCAACUUCGGAAAAUCGCGGUUCAAAACUGAACCGAAAAUGCAAGACUCGCUUUAAUUGUUUUCCUUCAAUUUCUUUCUGUAUUAUUUACUAUAAUGGAACUCAUGUUAUUUACACUGUGCUAGAUCAAUACAUAUAAACACUGACAGAAAACAAUUAAAGCAAGUCUUGCAUUUUCGGUUCAGUUUUGAACCGAGAUUUUCCGAAGUUGACAAGUCUCUCUUUCUCGCUCCGCCCCUCCAUACUACGUCAUGUAAUGUACACUAUAGUGGAUCGAUACUAUAUGACAAUGAAAGAGAGACUUGGAGCAAGUCUAGGACUAUGCGGACACUCAAUGCUUUACCAAAAGUCGUGGGUUUUCUUUGGGUACUCCAAAUGAAAAUCAUGUCCAACUAACGAAGGUUUCGUAGUUGUAAAAGCCAUUGUUACUAACUUGUUACACUCCUCCGCAGAGUCAAUUAUAUAGGAUUGUAGGUAUAAUCUAGGGAUAGUAGAGGACAUUUAGUGGUGCACGACGGGGGGUUGAGACCCAUGGUCCCGUCUUCCCAUCAUACCUAGCGCGUUUUGACUAACAAUUACGUAAUUUUUUCCCCCAGCAAUGUUACGUAAUUUUACUAAAAAUUCGUAAGGCUCUGCAGAGGAGUGUGAAGUUGUUAUGCAUUUCUUGAAAUUUUUGGAUAGAGAUUUGAUAAGGUAGAGAGAUGUUUGGGUGCACCAGAACCUGUAAUUUAAAGUUUUCCCAGAAGUACCGAAUUUAUUUAACCAUUUAUGUUAUUUUUGUCCGAUGUCAGAGAGGCACGCAAUUUAAAUUAUACUUUAUUACUUUAUAUUCGUCUUUCUAAUGAAGACAGAGUUUGGCCAUUGUAUUUUCAUUAUUUGUGGUCGGAACCGUGAAAGCCCCUGGGAAUCAUUGUAUACAUGCAUAAGCUGAUUAUCUAUAAAUUUUCUACCGUGUUUAAGGUGCCAGAUAUAUCUGUUUAACUUUUUUUUUCAUUUGCACAGGUCUAUGAGCAACGUGCCCAUGGCCGUCCAGCUGACAUAUAUAGUUUGGGAAUGUUGUUUUUGCAACUACUCUUCGAACAUUGGAAGAAUGUGCAAGUAUGCUGAAGUUAUUUACUUUCUACAAAUCUUACAACGAUUUUAAAGUUUCUGCUUUUCGCGAGAAUGUUUCUAAAAAAUUUCAACAUUGGAUUUCUCUAAUUUAUUAUUAUUAUUGUCUUUAUUGGGGUCCACUAAAGUAUAUGUACAAAGUCUAAUUAUAUAGUCAAUUAUUUAGAAAGCAUUGCAAGAUCUGACAAAUCUUGAUGCAGAUUUGGGCGCUCUGGUUGAGCGAUGCUUGGAU